AAGCGGCGGCCUUCCCCCUCCGCGUUCUCACGCGCUGUGUGUCCGCCCGUCGCGCUUCCAGAUUCCGUGCAGUGGGAGGGGCGCAGCCUCCUGAAGGCGCUCAUCAAGAACGCCGCACUCCGGGGGGAUCAAGUGCACGUUCUGGGCUGUGAGGUCAGCGAGGAGGAGUUUCGAGAAGGUUUUGAGCCCGAUGUUAAUAGCCGACUGGUUUACCAUGACCUUUUCAAAGACCCUCUCAACUGGUCAAAGACUGGAGAAGCCCUUCCUGGGGGACCCCUGGGUGCCUUGAGGGCGCUGUGCGGAAGGACACAGCCUGGUCCUGUCACCAUUGCCCUAGAUUCACUCAGCUGGCUGUUGUUUCACCUCCCCUGCACCACCCUGUGCCAGCUCCUGCACGCUCUGAGCCAUCAGAACGCCUGCCCAGAUGGCAGCUCCCCUGUGGAGCGGGUGCAUGUGCUGGGCCUAAUACAUGAAGAGCUUCAUGGGCCAGGCCCUGUGGGGGCACUGAGCAGCCUUGCUCAGGCAGAGGUGACCUUGAGCGGCAUGCUGGACCAGACCUCAGCCCACAUCGUCAAUCGGAGGCUCCGACAACGCCCAACCCAGCAGACACAGUGGUUCUCCAUCCUGCCUGACUUCAGCCUACAUCUCCAUCGGGUGCCUGCCCGAGAGCCCCGUCCCUGCCCUCCCACCACUCAGGUGGAUCCCACAGCUCAUUUAACCUUCAAUCUUCACCUGUCCAAGAAAGAAAAAGAAGCCAAAGACAGCCUGACUCUGCCCUUCCAGUUCAGCUCUGAGAAACAACAGGCUCUGCUGCGCCCUGGGCCAGGCCAGAGCACCAGCCAAAUCUUCUAUGAGCCAGAUGCUUACGAUGACUUGGACCAAGAAGAUCCAGACGAUGAUCUAGACAUUUGAUUGGCCGGGAGAUUUGGAUAACCACGAUUGGGAUUGAAAUUGGCAAAGAACCUGGGCCCAGAACUCACAUAGUUCUCGUUUGUGCUGGUCUGCCUCCCGCACCCCCUUUGUUCUCUGUCUAGAGGCCCUGUCUUGUGUGUGACCCCGUGGAGUCAGAGGAAAGGCUGAUCAGGACAGAAAGUGGGAUGAGAGCAUAAGGGAGGUGAGACAAGAGGAGCUUCCCUCUAUGCCUAAUAAAAUUUUUUGUAUAUUUA